GGCGCGCCUCUCGGGUCUCGCGAGACGACGGGUCCGCCGAGGGCCCAAACCUCGCGCGCGCACGCCGAGCGUCCAGCCGUCGAGUCGCUUCUUCGACGGGCGGCGGCGGCGGCGGCAACGGCUGGGGCGCGAACCGCCACCCCGAGCCCCAUGGAGGAGCAGCGGGCACCCGAGGGCGACGCCACCCUGGCCCGCGCCCAAGCGCGGUUCGAGAAGGGCGACUACGAGGCGGCCGAGGCGCUGUACUCGGCGUACAUCCGCCAGUGCGUCGGCGCAGCCCCCGGGGGCGCGGCUCCCGGGAGCAAACGCCGCCCCAAGGAUUUGGCUACCGCAUAUAACAACAGGGGGCAAAUCAAGUACUUCAGGGUUGAUUUCGACGAUGCCAUGGAUGACUACACGGCUGCCAUCGAGGUCCAGCCCGAUUUCGAAGUCCCCUAUUACAACAGAGGGCUGAUCCUGUACCGGCUGGGAUAUUUCGACAGCGCUUUGGAGGAUUUCAAGAAGGUCUUAGAUAUAAAUCCUGGAUUUCAAGAUGCUACUUUGAGCUUAAAACAGACUAUUCUAGACAAAGAAGAAAAACAAAGAAGAAAUUACUGAAAAAACAAAAGUGGAAAAUUCAAACUUAAUUGAUCCCUAUACCUGUACCUAAUCAUCUCUAAUUUAAAGUAGGCAUUGAAAGUAUUAUAAUUUAUAUUUAAAUUAAAUUUCUCAGCAUUUGUUCUGAGAAAGUAUUUAAUGUAGUUAAUGGUAGAUUGUGAAGCUGUUUAGUGUUGACUAAGCAUGCUUUUAAAAAAGUGUACAUAAGAAAUAUCAAUGUAUAAUUGUGUAUUCUAGUAAAAUAUCUAAAGAAAUGUGUGGUACUUUCUUCACUAACUCCAUUUUAAUGAUUUUGUGUUUUGUUAAUCACUCCUGGUGGCGCGCAGGGGACCAUGCAUUGCUGGUUUUCGAACUAGGUUGGCCGUUUGCAAGGCAAGUGCCGUAACCUUUUUACUAUUCUACCAUCCACAGCACAAUUUUUUCAAUUUAAAAAAAAUUACCAUUUUUCAUUAAAUUUUUAUAUCUCCUGCAAUGUUAAAGUAUAAUAAUAAUAGAUAUCUAUAAAUUCUUUACUCAAAUCUGUUAAUUGUUAGCACUGUGCCAACUCGUUUUUUAUUGAACCAUUAUACUUCAUACUAAAUACUUCUGCUUACAUCUUCUCACUUUUCUUUCUUACCAUUUUAAUAAAAUACCAUUAUGUUGUGUAGAAAAAUUAAUACUUCUACAUUUUCAUCCCUCUCCAGCCCAUGUUUGAAUUUUCUAAACUAUUUCUAAUACGUCUUCUGUAGACUUCCAUUUCCAAGUCUGGAUUCAAUCAAGUUUCGUGCAUUUUGUUGCAUGAGUUCUUUGAACCUAGACUAAUCCCCUGCCCGGUCCUCCUCCCUCCCCCACCUCCCCCUACCCCCACCUCACUUUGAGAUUAAACUACGCUCUGCAGCUUCAUGAGAGAAAAUGCAUUUGGGCUUAAAAAUAAACACAUGGCCUUAGGAGAGGAAAUUUAAAGAAUUCCGCCUACACUUGGUUUUCCUGAGAAGCCACUGAUAAGACAGAUUCAGGGUUGGAUGUUGAAUAGAGCACCUAGUCUCUGGACAGCGACAAUCACUAUGGUUAUCAUCAACAUUGACUCUAAGCCAGGUUCCUGUUCAUGUGGAGGUAGAGUGGGGGUUGAUGGAGAGGCAAGAGACGAAUGAAACACUUAGUCAAUAUAAAACUUUCUCAAAGAUGCCUUUGGUUUAGUGCUGCAAACACCGUUUGGCCAGGAGGAAUUUGAAAGGAAAGCAGGCCCCCAACUUAGCCGUGUGUGUGUGUGUGUGUGUGUGUGUGUGUGUGUGUGUGUGUUGGUUUUUGGACCACCCAGCAGUACUCAGGGCUUGCUCCUGGCUCUGUGCUCAGGGCUUACUUCUGGCUGUGCACUCAGGGAUCACUCAUGGGGUGCCAGGAAUCAAACCUGCGUCAGCCACAUGGCAAGGCAGGCACCCUCCCUGCUGUACUAUCUCCAGCUUCGCGUGAGUGUUUUAAUUGUUGAGGCUUGGCUUCCUAAAAUGGAAAUCCUGCGUCUUGAGUUUCCCAGAGUAGUUUACUGCUACGGUGGGAUUACUGUUCUGGAGUGGAGAGCACCCUCAUCAGCAGCAAGGAGUGAAUUUGCCCAGCCUUCCCUUAGGAAGCAGGCUCUGUGUGAGAUGCCAUCACCCUCAUCCACCCUGCAAGGUGCUUGUCUUAUUUCCCCCACCACCACCCCAAUUUAAGUGAGCUCACGAAGCAGAAGAAGUCAUUUUUUAGUUUGAGGUUCAUAAAUAAUACCUGGCAGGAUACGUAGACUCUGGGUCGCAGGUGAAUGGAAACAAAGAGGAAAUGACGUUGGAAAGGAAAUGAAAGAUCUCUCUGAGAGAGGGACAGACGACAUAGAAGGACUGCACUCAUUUGUGGAGCAUAGAAUAACAUCACAUGAGGCUGACACCCAAGGACAGUAGAUACAAGGGCCAGGAGGAUUGCCCCAUAGCUGGAAGCCUCCUUCAUGAGCAGAGGGGAGAAGGCAGAUGGAAUAGAGAAGGGAUCACUAAGAAAAUGAUGGCUGGAGGAAUCAGUCGGGAUGGGAGAUGUGUGUCGAAAGUAGAUAAUGGACCAAACAUGAUGACCUCUCAGUGUCUGUGUUGCAAGCUAUAAUGCCCAAGAUUAGAGAGAGAGAG